AUGGCACCUCCUCAGCCUCAACCCCGCCAACAUCGCCAGGCCGAACCUACCCAACGCAUCGUCACCUUAACCAUAACCCGCGACUCAACAGUCUACACAACCAUUAUCCCCCUCGGCUCCUCCCCCACAACCAUUCCCAUCCAACAAUCUCCCAUCUCCGUCCCCACUUCCCCUACAACCACUCCUACCGCCGCCCUCAUCACCCCCGUCGGCGAAUCCAGCAACCGCGGCACCGUCGCCGGCGCCGUAAUCGGCAGCGUCGUCGGUUUCCUGUUCCUCUUCUGGUUCCUCUGGAAAUGCAGACCGUAUUAUCGGUUCUGGGAUACGAGGGAUACGAUCAGUUAUAGCUCGUAUGACAGUGAGAGUUAUUAUUCUCCCGGCCCGCCGCCGAUGAGACAGAGGGGUGGCGGCGGGGAGUGGGGAGGGAGGGGGAUUAGGUAUCCCGAGCGGACGUGGAGGAGGGGGCGUGAUGAGAGUUGGGAGGGGAGGAGUGGAAGGGGGAGUGAUGGGAGGAGUAGACGGGGAAGUGAGCGCGGGGUGGGGAUUGAGGGGUGGACUAGGCCUAGGCAGAGGGGGAGGAGGGGGAGGGUGUUUGAUUGGGUUGUUUGGGGAUGGAGGGGGAGGCCGAGAUGGAGGAGAGAUAGAAGGGCGUGGAGUGGUAGGAGGACGUGGAGGGAUAGGAGUCGUAGUUGGAGUGCGCCGCCUAGGGAUCGGAAGAGGAGGGGGGUGGAGGCUUGGAGUGGGAUGAAGUAUAAACCUGGCACUGUUGAUGAUUGA